AUGAUGCAGACUUGGCCGCCGUCCCCCUGCGUGGAGGACGAAGAAGUGGCAUUAGCGAGGGAACACAUAUCUGACAUUACUCUAAAUCAACUGAAAAACGAAAAUCAACCCGCGAGCAGCAGAGGCUCAGUGGACCAAUAUCCCAUCAUCCUCGAUAACAAAACUCCCGACCAAUCCUGCUCUCCAACAGAGAAAGAGUUUAUAUCAGAAGCCCUAUCUCCAGAUUCUCACUCGAAACCAGCGGUCAACAAUGAGAAGAGAUUCGUCCUCGUGCCUUCUCAGUCUUUGGAGCCCGAGGCCGAAACGCAUCUUCGACCUGAGCCAUUGCAUCGACCCAAAUCAACAACUCAGCUCUCGGAUCAGGCUGUCCCCAGAGGAAGACCUCAUGUCACAAGGAUACACACAGACGUCGGGCCCGGCUUGGAGGGCAUGCGGACGGGCCACCGCCGUGCUCCUUCUCCCUACGCUCAUACCCCUGUGGCGUUGAUGGGCAAUCUGUCUGCAGAGCCUCAACGUAAAAAUACGUUGUUGUCACCAAUGCAUGCCCACGAACCGAGAAGGUCAGCCUCCGUGCACCCUAGAUCGGGAGGUUUUGAUCGAGAUAGCAGUGACUCCGACGGUAAGUCGAAGACGACCAGAAGAACAGAGCGGAGUCGAAGUCGGGCUGCAAGGGAAAGCUUCUCCCACUCAGAUAGGUCAGAAUCCGACAAGGUCAAGUCUCCAAAAUCAUCUACGCGAAACGAAAGCCCCAAUGGCAGAUUUAGUCGCCGUGCCCAUCGAUACCGCAGCCCGGCACCGCCACCAGGAGGGUUUACCGGCUAUACUUAUACGGGUCAAGACCAUAUUACGCCUCCUCAAACUCCCAAGCUCAACGGCGACUCUGCUCGUUCAUCUUUCACUGACCACGCCUCCCUCUCCGAGCAACCUAGCAAGCGCCAGACUUCAUCGAGAUUGACCGCUGAUUCGCCCUACACCUCUUCCGCUGAAGAGAGCCAUAGCCGUCGUCCACGACCAAUUGAAGAGAGGAAAGUUGAUCGUGGGCUCCGGUCGAGACGAAACUCGAGAAAUUCUAGCGAAAAGGAUGAGAGACCAAAGCUAAGCCGCACCCGAUCUCGGCACAAUGACAUGACACUCAAAGAUGAGUCGAACCAAGAGCAGUUCCCGUAUGGUGAACGUCCUUACCGUGAGACCCAGCCAGAGCUCUCUGCCCGGACGACGUCAGGUAUGGAGGACUUGCUCGAAAAGGCCUUUAUGGCGAACAACACCAAACAUGUCAACCAUGGGGACAGCAGUUCUCGGCAUGUAUCUCCGCGAGGCUCCCCAGCAACCAGUCCUCCGCAGACACCUCGAGGUGGUGACCCACCACAAAGGGACUAUUUUGAACAAACUCAUAAUGGGUCGAGGUCGUCAAAGCAGCGGUCUCGUCCACAGUCGAUUGAUGAUACACAUUUCAAAGACCUUAAGAAUGUCACAUCCCUGCUGGGAGCCGCCACACUAGGCGCUUCUCUUGCGGCUAAGGCGAUCCCUGCCCUGUCUAGAUCAAACACUUCGCAGUCGUUGGAGACGCAAAGUAGCGGUUCUCAGAGCAGGCCAGGAAGCGGACAGCGUUCACGAAAGCCUUCUCCAGCCAUUGAAGAGUCUCAACCAGCCUAUCAGAGUCUGUCUAGAACAAACUCCACAGUAAAUCGAAAUGACAGCGUAAAUACGCGGACAACAACCUACAUGAUAAACGAAGAGCGCCCAGUGCCCAAAAACGGGUUGUAUGCACCGUCGCCACUUGAGCCUCCUCGAACAGCAUCGAGAUCUUCUUCUUAUUCUCAUUCUCCGGAGCUGCGGCCUCCUGCGCCCCUCAGAGCCUUCUCUAGCGUGCCUGCUCAAGGGCAUCAGCAACCACUUCAUUUCGCUGCCCAACCGGCGCUGAUGUCGAGUCCAAUGAACCUGGAGCCUCCGACAACGUUGGCUCACAACGCACCCAGACCACACUCAUUGCCUCCGUGUCCGCGAUCGAGACCGGCUAUUGGACACCAUGAUUGGUAUACAAUCCGAGAUAUGCCGUUCCUGGAUUUCUGUCCAUCUUGUAUGAGUUUUCUGGGUGGAACUCGCUUUCGUGACCACUUUAUACCGAGUCUCCCGAAAGAACCCCGUCGACCCAUCGCUUGUGCAAUGAGUUACCCCUGGCUUCGGGUUGCUUGGUUGCAAUCAAUCCGACAGGACAGAAAGGACCUUACGCUUGUCUGGCAAAUCGCUAAUGGCCCACCGGCCGGUACUAAGCCAUGUGCUGGUAAUAAAGCAGAUGUGAGAAGAUGGUAUCAUCUGACCGAUCCUAGAACGAAAAAACCCGUGGACAACUUUGACAUUUGCUCGGCGUGCGUCAGGAAUAUUGACCUGAUUUUUCCUACGCUUCAGUUCUGCGUCUUCGAUCGACCGCAGGAGAAGAAAGAGCAGGAGAAGAUAUGCAAUCUGAACACAAACAGCCGCCAUUUCUUGCCCAUAUUAAAUGAGCUAGAGCGGCUAGCUGAACGCUCGAAGGAGACCAUGAGGCACAGGGAUUUCCAAGAGUUCGUGGAUUUUGUUCGGCGUGUUUCGCGCAAUCGGCACUGCGUGAAAGAUACCCUACUUGCUACCCAGUCAUGGCACUUUAUUUCCGAUCUUCCGGAGUUUACAAUCUGCGAAGAGUGCUUUGAAGAAGUUGUAUGGCCUCUCAGAGAUCGACCCAUUGCAAGAGACGUGUCCAAGACACUCAAACUUGUGCCUGUCUUGCGCAAAAACUCUUCACUUCGGGGAACAAGUUGCCAACUUUACAGUGACCGCAUGAGACGAAUCUUUCACGACGCUGUGAACCGGAAUGACUUUGAGAGCUUGAAAUCGGCGGCUAGAUACCGCUAUAACAUGGAGCAUCGACUGCAGGAGAUGCACAAACUGUACGAAAUGGAUUUGCAAGCCGGUAUCGAUCGGAGGGCAGAAAUGGAGAAGAAUGUCUCCAUCUGGAAGUCUAUUGAAUAA